AUGUUCAGCCAGGAGGGGCUGCCCGCCCCCGCCUUCACCCUGGGGCCCGCGGGCCUGCAGGAGGCGAGCGGCCCGUUCGGCAAAGGCAGCUACAGCAUCGCCCCCCCGCCGCCCUUCUUCCCCUUCCCGGCGGUGAAAGCGGAGUACGAGCCCCCCGAGCUGCCGGCGGGGGAGCCCGGCCAGGGCAAGACCUGGUGCCCUUUCCAGGGCCCGGAGCCCGGCCCUCAGCCGGGCAUGGCCGGGGGGGCCCAGGCCCCCCAGCUCCUGGAGAGCGGGCAGGCCCCGAAGGAAGAGCCCGGCCAGGAGAGGGGGCGCAGAGAAGGGUCCCCGGAAGCCAAAUGCGCCCUUCUGCCCGCGGGCGCCUACUACGCCCAGCCCUGGAACAGCCCUUUCUGGCCCGCCCUGGCUGGGCACAGCGCGGCGGCGGCCCGCGGGCCCCUGCCCGGCCAGACCUUCCCCGGGGCCGGGCUGUGCCCCGGGGCCCGUCACAUCUACCCCAGCGACCCGCACCAGCCCCCCAGCGGCCUCUCCAGCCUGGGCAGCAGCGGCAGCUCCAGCGGGGCGGCGAGCGAGGGAGGCCACUCCAGCGAGAGCGGGGACGAGGACACCACUCCCACCUCGGAGGAGCUGGAGCAGUUUGCCAAAGACCUCAAGCACAAGCGCAUCACCCUGGGGUUCACCCAGGCUGACGUGGGGAUGGCUCUGGGGACUCUGUAUGGGAAGAUGUUUAGCCAGACGACAAUCUGCCGCUUCGAAGCCCUCCAGCUGAGCUUCAAGAACAUGUGCAAGCUGAAGCCGCUGCUGCAGCGCUGGCUCAACGAGGUAGAGAACAGCGACAGCCUGCAAGAGCUGUGCAAUGCAGAGCAAGUGCUGGCCCAGGCCCGGAAGAGAAAGCGCAGGACCAGCAUCGAGAACAACGUCAAGGGCACGCUAGAGAGCUUCUUUCGCAAGUGCGUGAAGCCGAGCCCCCAGCAGAUCUCGCAGAUUGCCGAGGAUCUCAACCUGGACAAAGACGUUGUGCGAGUCUGGUUCUGCAACCGGCGUCAAAAGGGCAAGCGGCUGCUGCUGCCCUUCGGCGAUGAGAACGAGGGAGCCAUGUACGACAUGAACCUGGCCCUGGCACACCCAGCCCUGCCCGCCGCAGUGAGCUCCCAAGCCUAUGCCCCCGCCCCCCUGGCCUCACCCCCUCCCAUCUACAUGCCGGCUUUCCACAAGGGCGAGAUCUUCCCUCAAGCUUUGCAGCCGGUGGUCUCCAUGGGGAACAGUGGCAACUGAAUCUGGGGGCUCCCUGGGAGCUGGAUGGAGGUGGCUCCUUGGCGGUGCUGCUUGGCUGGUUCCUCAGAGAGAAAAGCGGCCCAGAGAUCCUGCAGCUGCUCCCCAGAUGCCUGACUCGGGGUGGGGGUGGGUGGAGGUGUUCACUGUAUUUUUGUUUA